AUGGACCGUUUAAAGCUGAGCACUAAGGCGCUACUGGGGAUGGCAACGCGCACUGUCGAUCAGGAUCACGGAAUGCGACAUACAUGUGUUAAAUCAUUCUGUCAGGCAGUUCUUCAAUAUGAAUUUGCGAUUUCCAAGUUUGUUGCGGCAUUGUCGACAUUAUCGGAUUCCUUGGAGGGUGUAGAAAAGGCAUAUAAGAACGUCAUUUCUAAUGAAAAACAGGUUUCUGUUUUUGAUGGUCUGAACGAAGUAACAAACCAUUUAGAAAAAUGCCGUACAACUAUUAUUUCAGGUUCUAUCGAGACAUUUAGAGCAAAUGUAGCCCCGUCCUUGUCCGCACUGAAGGAGCAUUGUGAAUUGUGCGAGCGUCUUCAUAAUGAGCGAGCCAAAGCCGUUGAUUUGUAUGAUUAUCAUCGGGAUGUUGUGAAAAAAAAGAAGUUCA